CGCGGCCCGGCCCCGGGCGGGCGGGGGACGCCGUUGGCGCGAGAUAGGAAAGCGCCGCCGCCGCCGCCCGCCCCGCCAUGGCGCGCCGGGGCCGCGGUGAGGACCAAGAUGAGGUGCAUUGUCAGGAUACUGACUCAGAUGUGCCGGAGCAGCGGGAUGGAAGGUGCAAGGUCAAGUGGACACAAGAAGAGGAUGAGCAGCUGAAGAUGUUAGUAAGACAUUACGGGCAGAAUGACUGGAAGUUCCUGGCCAGUCACUUUCCUAACCGUAGUGAUCAGCAGUGUCAGUACCGGUGGCUGAGGGUGUUGAAUCCAGACUUGGUUAAGGGCCCUUGGACCAAAGAGGAGGACCAAAAGGUAAUUGAACUGGUUAAAAAAUAUGGCACCAAACAAUGGACCCUGAUAGCCAAGCACCUGAAAGGGCGGUUAGGGAAGCAGUGCCGGGAACGCUGGCAUAACCAUCUGAACCCUGAGGUGAAGAAAUCCUCGUGGACAGCAGAGGAGGAUCGCAUCAUUUUUGAGGCCCACAAGGUCCUGGGGAAUCGUUGGGCAGAGAUUGCCAAGCUGCUGCCUGGGAGGACUGACAAUGCUGUAAAGAAUCACUGGAACUCCACCAUCAAGCGGAAGGUGGACACCGGAGGCUUUCUCAAUGAAAAUAAGGAGUCCAAGUCAGUGUACUUGCUCGUGGAGGUGGAUGACAAGGAGAGCCAAAGUCAGACGGGAGCUGGGAGCCAGACUGCCCUUCUGAACUGCCCAGACAAUAUCUCUAAAAUAAAGGAAGAGGAUGUCAGUGACGAGGAAGUGACGGGUGUGCAGGAGUUACCCUCGGAGCUGCCAGCAGCCGAACUGACAGAGCAGACCGCUGAGGGGACCCCAGAUGAUGCGGUGCCUGAGGACGCCUCUUCAGUUAUCACAUCACCAUACAAAUGGGUUGUCGAAGCUGCCAAUUAUUUGUACCCAGCAUCUGUGCCAGCCUUCAAUGAAGCUCUGGAUAUGAUUGAAUCCGACCCAGAAGGUUGGUGUGAUCUGAUCCAGUUUGACCUGCCUGAGGAAGCCUCCGCCGGUGGCAGCAGUAGCAGCAACAGCCCAGUGAGGCAAACCCCCGGCAAGCCGACGCCGUCCCUGUCCAAUGUGACUGAGUACCGCCUGGAUGGCCACACCAUCUCUGACUUGAGUAAGAGCAGCAAGGGAGAGCUCAUCCCCAUCUCUCCACAUUCAGAGAUGAGCUUUGGAACGCCACCCUCUGUGCUGAAGAGGCAGAAGAAGAGGAAGAUUUCCCUUUCACCUGUCACGGAGAAUGCCACCAGCACAAGCCUUUCCUUCCUUGACUCCUGCAACAGCAUGACGCCCAAGAGUACCCCUGUGAAGACACUGCCCUUCUCUCCAUCUCAGUUCUUAAACUUUUGGACCAAACAGGAUACGCUAGAACUGGAGAACCCAUCUCUGACCUCCACACCUGUGUGCAGUCAGAAGGUGAUUGUCACCACCCCACUGCACAGGGACAAGACUCCUCUGCUCCAGAAGAACUCAGCGUUUGUUACACCAGAUCAGAAGUAUGUGGUGGACAACACACCUCACACUCCCACGCCUUUCAAAAAUGCCUUGGAAAAAUACGGACCAAUUAGGCCUCUGCCCCAGACUCCUCACCUGGAAGAAGACUUGAAAGAGGUGCUCCGAAGUGAAGCUGGCAUUGAACUUAUCAUAGAGGAUGAUGUGAAGCCUGAGAAACAGAUGAGGAAACAAGGGUUGCGCAGGAGUCCCAUCAAGAAGGUCCGGAAGUCUCUGGCUCUGGAUAUUGUUGAUGAGGAUAAGACUCAAAAUAUGCCUGCCCUCCCCAAGACUGUCUGCUUCAAAAGAGCCCAGCCUGUGAAUUUCCUGUCAAGAUCCCUGAACCUUUCCUCCUCGAGCAGGAAGAAUGACAGUGGUUUACUCAACAGAGCCUUUGUGCAAGUGCAGCCAGAGAAGAUGUCCUAUAGAAAAAUGCCGAGCCUUUUCAGACCACCUGCACCGAUGACCAGGGCUUGGAAAGCAGUGGCCUGUGGUGGAACCCAAGACCAACUCUUCAUGCAGGAGAAAGCUCGACAGUUUUUGGGCAUGUUGAAACAGUCUCACACAUCAAGGACCUUAAUCUUAUCAUGAAGGAUUAUUCUGCUUUUUUUAAUUUUAUUUUUUAAAAUGUUUUUAUAAAUGGAGAGAAGGGGGAACCACAGGAAAAAAAUAUCCUCUGCCAGGCUGUGCUGUGUGGGGGUGGAUUUUUUUCCUUCUGUUUCCAGGUAGAUCUAUAUUGUAAUAAGUUGGGCUAACUGCUGGCUAAUGUGUGGAAUGCAAGGUUUGGGAUCAUUGUGGAAAAGCAGAUGAGGGAGGUUUGGAGAGCUGACCUCUCUUUGCAAGACCUGGGUUCUGCAAAAGUAGAAGCACACAGCCGUGUUCCACCUUGGAGCAGCGUGCACAGUGGAGACGGGCCUCUCUGCCUGCCUGGAUUUCUCACUACCUGCUCUAGUACCUCGGGAACGGCUUUUGCGAACAUUCCUGCACAUGUCUCAUCUCCCCUUCCAGCUUUCACAGGGGAUGGAGUGCUCUCCCCUGACUCUGUGAGGACAGAGGCUGGGAGAUACGCUGUGGGGCGACUGGUGUUUGGAGCUGGCCUCUCGUUCCCUGUGGGGCUGCUUUGUACUGCUGUGCUGCGGAAGGGGAGCGCCUGGUGCCUCUCCCCAGGGCUGCGCUCCCUCUUCAAAUAAACAAUGGUGCUAACAUCACCCUGUUACUCGGACUCUGACUCGGCCUCGCCAUGCUCAGAGGGAGGCAGGGCUGUGCUGGGGUGGUGAGACGCAGGAAGACAUAGGGUUUCACGUGUGAUCUUUCCUGGCAAAUUGCUGAAUUUAUGUUGGUCUAUGUGGCUAGGGAUGCCUUCUCCUCACUCUCAGUAGUUUAAUCACUGUUUAGGAAUGGUUUUGGUUACUUUAUGGGAAGGUGCUGUUCUGUGUUUGAGCUUAGCGUGGCUGCAGGAGUUGGGUAGAGGCUGCUGAGAGCUGUGAACCUGCGAACAGCACCAGGAGCAUGUGAUGUAGCAGAGCCUCUUCUGUCCUUCCUUUGGAGUCCAAAGCUGUGUCCAUAGAGUUGUCUCUGUGUGAUAGCAGUAAUAUGGUUUGCCAUUUCGAUGUAGCCAAGGAUGAAAUGCAGCAAUAGUAUCAAUAUAUUGUCUGUGCAAUGGGAAAGGAGCUGGAAAUACUGAGGAGCGACUUGCCAGUUAGACCAAGUGCAUGAACAGCUUUGGGUGAGCUCUGUUCAGGGCUGUGCUGUGAUGUGCUGUCCCCUCUAAGCCACCAGGCUCUGGCUGGGGGUGGCAGUGCAGCAAAGAUGCAGGGAGGGGGUCUGUUCACUCCAUGCAUCUUAACUGUCCCCAGUCACUCUGCAGGGUGGAAAAACGGAGCAGGGCUAUAUAAAUCUUAUUUCAGGUUGUGGCUUACACAGGGAAUAGUCAAGAAGCCCUUACUGCGAAGCUUGUUAAUAAAACCGUGGAUUCUGGGAAACGAGGGAGUUUUAGAAACCCAGCUCAUUUUUCAUUUCUACAAGCUCUGGGCCAAAGUAAAUCCAUGAAGUCAUUUUUAUUUCUGUUUCUCAGUGCUGCAAUGUUUGCUUUGGAAAGACAGUAGGGACCACUUGUCUGAAAGCCUGGCUUUAGCUGCUUCAAUUCUCUUGUUAUUUUAAGAGAAAUCAUCAUAAACCCAUCCCUCUUCGCUCGGAGUUUAGCAGGCUUGGCCAUACCUGUGCUGGGUGACAAAAACCAAGCCCUGAAUUGCAUUUCCUUUCUGGAGCCGAUGUAAGCUGAGAGUCCUGAGCAGGCAGAGUCUGCCGGAGAGUAAAUCGGUGCAUAAGCCUGACGUGUAGAUUUGGGAACUGCCCCUAAAUUAAAGGAUUAUGAGGCUGAGAAGUAUUAACUACUAGUCUGAUG